UUGUUGCUCUGCAGAAACUGUCCUUGAAAACGACACAGGUUUUUUGAUUUUGUCUGAAAACGGCUAAAUCAUAGUUUAAGUACGACUAGGAACACUUACAAUAGAUCAAAAGAUGAUUGGAGGGGGACUUUAAAAUCUUUGUCCUCUUACAGCCUUUAAUAAAACAUUUUGUUGAACAUUUUGCAUCUUUUUAGAAAAACACAACUUAAGGCUCCUUGUGCUGCAAAAUCACAAAAUAUACGUUUAAUAUUUUGGAGGGACUGGAAUGUGCAGAAUGAAACUGCAGCGACCAGACUCUUCCACCAAUGAUGCAAACUGCCACACUGAUGAAGGUGCUCUUGAUUUACUGAAGGAACUGCAGAACAUCAAAAUGUCCCUCGAGACACUGCAGUCGACCAGAGUUGGGAUGUCGGUGAACGCAGUGAGGAAGCAGAGCUCUGAUGAAGAGGUGCAGACUCUGGCCAAAUCUCUGAUCAAAUCCUGGAAAAGACUGCUGGAUGGUUCAGAAGGGAAAUCGGAGAAGAAGGAGAAGAAGAAGGAGGGCUCUCCUUUAAGGUCAUCGUCAACCUCGAGCGACUCUGGCAGCAGUGGGAAAAGCGCGAAAUCUGGAGACACUCCCACAACGCCGAACACUCCCUCUACCCCUACCCUGCCCCCGCUGAUCACCUCCUUUCCCCCCGCUCCUGUCACCAGUGACAGUGUGAGGAACAAGUGUCGAGAGCUGCUGGUGGCUGCUUUGCAGACUGACGAUGACUACAAGACCAUCGGAGUGGACUGUGAUCACCUCGCCGCACAGAUUGAGCAUCAGAUCUUCCAGGAGUUCAAAUCCACAGAUAUGAAAUAUAAAGCUCGUCUCCGAAGCCGCAUCUCCAACCUGAAAGAUCAGAAGAAUCCGGACCUGCGGCGGAACGUCCUGUGUGGAAACAUCUCAGCUCAGCGCAUCGCCUGCAUGACUGCUGAGGAGAUGGCGAGCGCAGAGCUGAAGCAGAUCAGAGAAGCGCUGACCAAAGAAUCCAUCAGAGAGCAUCAGCUGUCCAAGGUGGGAGGGACGGAGACGGACAUGUUCAUCUGCAGCAAGUGUCACGGGAAGAACUGCACGUACACGCAGGUGCAGACCCGCAGCGCCGACGAGCCCAUGACCACGUUCGUUUUGUGUAACGGCUGCGGCAACCGAUGGAAGUUCUGUUAAAGAAGAAGACCAUGUGGAGGAUUUCCCUUCGGAGUCAAGCUCACAGAAAUAAUUCAAAAGUAAUAAUUUUCAUUUGAAACUUUUUUUUUUAUUUUGUCUGGUUUUUUUAUAUUUAUAAUGCUAACAAAUGUAAAGUAUUUGUAAGGAAAUAUGCAAGUGGAUGUUGUUUAUCGGUUGAAUUGAUUUUGUACAGGACACUUAGACUUUGUUUGUGACAGCAGAUUCAAAGUGUAGCCACGCAUUCAUGGCAGUAGCGCCUCAUGGAGACGAUGGAUGUGCCUUUCUUUGCUAUGAUGGGCUGACACAUGCUGUAAUAAAGUUCCUCCUGAAAUGAAA